CCCCGAGCUCCGAGCGGCCGCAGCCGUUCGGGCGGAGGCGAGGGCAUGGCCAACGGCGUCGCCCGCGGCUCUCCAACCCAGCGCCCGCCGCUCGCGCUGCUGCUCAGCGGCGCCUUCUUGUGCCUGACUUGCUGGAGCCCACCGCAGCCGGCCAGCGCGCAGCCGGCCGCCCCCUGCCAGGCCCCGCUGCAGUGGGAGGGGCGCACGGUGGUGUACGACCACAGCACCGGUAGGAACACCCGGGCGGCCGUGACUUACGACGGCUCCAACCAGCGCCUGCGGAUACUGGAGGAGAGGAAGGGGCUCAUCCCGUGCAAGAAAUUUUUUGAAUAUAUAUACUUGUAUAAAGACGCGGUGAUGUUUCAGAUUGAACAAGUCACAAAGCUGUGUUCCAAGGUUGCUUUGAGCGAGCCGUGGGAUCCUUAUGAUAUUCCUGACAACUCAACCUAUGAAGAUCAGUACUACAUUGGAGGACCCGGUGACCAAAUUAUGGUGCAAGAAUGGUCUGACAGAAAACCAGCCAGGAAAUUGGAAAACUGGGUGGGAGUUUACACAGUCAAGGACUGUUACCCAGUACAGGAAACCUACACCAAGAACUACAGUGUGACAACCUCCACCCGUUUCUUUGAUCUCACGCUCGGGAUAAGCGAUCCGUCUGUAUUCAUUCCUCCCAGUACUUGCCAGACAGCUCAGCCAAAGAGAAUGAGAGAUGAAUGCUGAUAGUGAACCUUGGCUUCUACCUGUAAACAAAAAUAUGGAUAUAUAGUUAUAUAAUGUAGAUUAUCAUCAAUAAUCAACUGCUGAUAUUUAACAUGAUCAUUGCACUUUGCAGAAUUGUGGAUUUGAGAAAUGGGACAUCUAAUUGACUAGAAGAAGAGAGAUAAUCCAUCUCUUCUUCAGUGUCUAAUUCUAACAUUGCCCUGAAAUUCUAUAAUUACAAGAGAAGCAUUGUUUAUAGACAUUUGUUUUAGACAGUUUGAUUUAUGGAAAAGCUUAUUAUUUAUAUUUUCCUAAAAGCGUUUUGUGCUCCUAAAAGCAUAUUAAAAUAAGAUGUAACUUAGUUAAUUCUGGAGAUAAGGAUAGACUAUAUUAAAUGAAGUAGAUAAGGUGUUACCAUAAGAUGGCACAUUAAUUGAUUAACGGAUUACAUCAUAGUGAUUUCUUUACUAUUUCUGGAAGUUGUUACAGCGAGUUCCCCACCAAAAAACGUCUAGGAUAACUAUAUUUACAUAUCAUUAGCUGACUGGUAUGUUAUCAGGAAUAAGAAAUUAUAUCCAAGUGUUCUUCUGCUUACUAUUGCUUUAUUAUUUAUUUUAUUUAUUUAGAUUUUUAAUAGAAUAAGCUUCAAGGCAACUUAUAAUUGGUCAUACUAAUUACACACAGUCACACAAAACUUAAACCCACACAACCCAGUUGUUUAGCCAGAAAAGUACAUUUAGCGACAUACAAUACAAUUUGUUAUUAAGAAGUAGCUGUGA